CGAGCGGUCCGACUGCCACGGUGCCUCCUUGUUACCGACCAAGCUACCGACUACGACGGCGGGCCCGCACACAGCAACCAUGCUAAAGUCUCCUAUAACAUGUCAUGUCCUCGAUUCUUCGCUAGGCAAGCCUGCCGCUGGAGUGCCAGUCGAGCUACAAGAGAUCAGCCUUGAUUCGCCCUCAGCUUUGUUCACUACGAUUGCCAAGGGCGUCACCGACUCCGAUGGGCGGUGCAUGCAACUCUGGCCCGAGGGCGAGAACGAGCAAGUAAGGCAAGAAAGGGCUAAGCUCAAACCUGGAAAGCUGUACAAGGUAAUAUUCCAAACCAAGCCUUACUUUGAGAACUCGGGUCGUAAAUGCUUCUACCCGUGGGUCGACAUCACAUUUGAACCAACCACUGCCAAUGAGCAUUAUCACAUCCCACUUCUACUAAGCCCAUACUCGUACACAACCUACAGAGGAAGUUAG